AUACUAUUCACACUGGGCGGUGUCUGUACCGCUCCCGCUGCGAACGAACUCAUCUUUCGUCUCUCCCUCUGAAAUAAAAGUCUAGAGAUCGCGAAAUUAUCUCUUACCCUCUCUCUCUCUCUCUCUCUCUCUCUCUCCAAACCCCUUCGACCCUGACCCACGCCUCUCCAUCCAUUUUCCAUAGAUCUUAUUGUGCUCCUUGUUCCUGUCCGAAUCUGGUCAUCCGGUUUGGGAUUUUUGGCCGCCUAGAUUCUUGAAGCUCGUUUUGAUUUGCCAUGGCGGCUCCUCCUGCUAGGGCUCGGGCGGACUACGAUUACCUCAUCAAGCUUCUUCUGAUCGGUGACAGCGGUGUUGGAAAGAGUUGCCUCCUUUUGCGUUUCUCAGAUGGUUCCUUUACUACCAGUUUUAUUACCACAAUCGGCAUUGAUUUUAAGAUAAGAACAAUUGAACUGGAUGGCAAGAGGAUUAAACUACAGAUUUGGGACACUGCUGGACAGGAACGCUUUCGAACUAUCACAACUGCUUACUACCGAGGCGCUAUGGGCAUUUUGCUCGUUUAUGAUGUCACUGAUGAAUCUUCUUUCAAUAACAUAAGGAACUGGAUUCGCAACAUUGAACAGCAUGCUUCUGAUAGCGUAAACAAAGUUUUGGUUGGUAACAAGGCUGAUAUGGAUGAAAGUAAAAGGGCUGUGCCGACAUCAAAGGGGCAAGCUCUUGCUGAUGAAUAUGGGAUUAAGUUUUUCGAGACUAGUGCAAAGACGAACCUUAAUGUCGAACAAGUCUUCUUUUCAAUUGCAAGAGAUAUCAAGCAGAGACUUGCAGAAACUGAUUCAAAAUCUGAGGAUCGGACCAUCAAGAUAAACAAACCAGACCAGACAGCUGCAGAUGGCACUGCUGCACCAACAUCGUCGUGCUGUGGUUCCUGAGGGAAUGAUUACCUGAUGGUGGUGGUUGUGGCAGCAACGGCAAUUGGGUUCAAUCUUUCAUCUCGUGGGGACUAAUUACUUAUUGGUCAAUGGUGUUUCGAGGAUAAUGAUGAUGGAGCUUGUAUUUUCAAUCCUUCCAUUCUUUGAAACUUAGCUAGCAUGUGUUUUUCUUGUUUGAGAUGUGGGAAACCCAUGUACGUUUAUUUGUUUUGUUUUUUUUUUUUUUGGGAAGGAUCCGGCCUCACGAUUGAUGUCAUGGUGAUUGAUAAACCUUUUUUAAUUCGACUUUAUUGGCAUAGUUAUAUACCUAUGCUUUGUCA